AAACGGCCGGCCGUCCCUCCGAGCUACGCAUGGCUCGUGCAACCUCGACUCCAACGUCCCCGUGUGCUUCACCCGCACGUAUCCUCUACAUAUAUAGCCUGCAUUUGCCUCUCAGACCACCCGUCAGGUCCCUCCAAGUUCCAACACCUGAGCGGCUGAGCCGAGCCUUGCUGCGUCCGGUCGAGCAUGAGCUACUUCAACCAGCAGCAGCAGGCUCCGGUCACCGCGUACCCACCGCCGCAGGCCAACUACGUGGUGGCGGCGCCUCCGGCGGCGUACUACGCGCCGACUGCGUCACCGCCGCCGCCGCCGGGCUACCCGACCAACUACGACGCGGGCAUGGGUGCCCCGCAGCCAGCGCAGACACAGAGCCGCGGUGACAAGGCCUUCUUGGAAGGAUGCUGUGCAGCCAUCUGCUGCUGUUGCCUCCUCGACAUGUGCUUCUAAGGACACAGAGACCAGAAGUGUAUGAAAUCGUUUGCUGCAGUUAAUUGUAGUGUUUGCUUAUACAUCCAUGUGUUUUAGUCUGGAGUUGUAAGGGAGAGCCAUCUUGUGCCUAGAGAACUGUGUGAUGAUCAAUACCAGCUACAGCUUAUAUUCUUGCUUAUGCACCUUGUAUGCGACUAAUAAAGAAUUAUCAUGCCUUGCUUAGGAAAAGCACCGAUUUCGGGACAAACAAAUAAACUUGACAGCUGCCAUAAUAAUAAUAUUAAUAAUUACUGAUGACAUCUCCGAGAAGUAUACAGGAUAACCGAGCUUGAAAUAUUUAGACUCGCAUCUAAAA